AGAGCUUGGCGGCUGAGGCGGCGGAGCCGAGAAUGAUGGCGGCAGCGGCAGCUUCUCUGUGCCGGGCGGGGACUUGGCAGCAGCGGCAGCACAGAUUUCUGGAGCGGUUGUUCGUGGCACGAACGUGUUUUACACAACUUUCCAAAUGGAGAUGGUGCCUUAUAACUUCUUGUGGUUUGCACUCAACAGUGUGUGAUCCAAAUGAAAAGACUUUUGAGAAGCUUCUUAUUGCCAACAGAGGAGAAAUUGCUUGUAGGGUAAUGAAAACAUGCAAGAAGAUGGGAAUUAAAACAGUUGCCAUACACAGUGAUGUUGAUUCCAAUGCGGUCCAUGUGAAAAUGGCGGAUGAAGCAGUCUGUGUUGGCCCAGCUCCCACUAGUAAAAGCUACCUCAACAUGGAUGCUAUCAUGGAAGCCAUUAAAAAAACCCGGGCCCAAGCUGUGCACCCAGGAUAUGGAUUCCUUUCAGAAAAUAAAGAAUUUUGCAGGCGCCUGGUGGCGGAAAAUGUUGCUUUCGUUGGACCAGACACGCAUGCUAUUCAAGCGAUGGGGGACAAGAUAGAAAGCAAACUGUUAGCCAAGAAGGCAAAGGUCAACACAAUACCUGGUUAUGAUGGGGUGGUCAAGGAUGCUGAUGAAGCUGUCAGAAUUGCAAGGGAAAUUGGCUACCCCGUCAUGAUCAAGGCUUCAGCAGGUGGUGGUGGGAAAGGCAUGAGAAUCGCAUGGGAUGAUGAAGAGACCAGGGAAGGUUUUAGGUUUUCAUCUCAAGAAGCUGCUUCAAGUUUUGGUGAUGAUCGAUUGUUAAUAGAAAAGUUUAUUGAUAACCCUCGUCACAUAGAAAUUCAGGUAUUGGCUGAUAAUCAUGACAACGCAUUAUGGCUGAAUGAAAGAGAAUGUUCUAUUCAGAGGAGAAAUCAGAAAGUUAUUGAAGAAGCACCAAGCACUUUCUUGGAUCAUGAGACGCGCAGAGCUAUGGGAGAACAAGCUGUAGCUCUUGCCAAAGCUGUAAAAUACUCAUCUGCUGGAACAGUGGAAUUCCUUGUGGACUCAAAAAAGAAUUUCUACUUCUUGGAAAUGAACACUAGACUUCAGGUUGAACAUCCCAUCACAGAAUGCAUUACCGGUUUGGACCUAGUCCAAGAAAUGAUCCGUGUUGCUAAGGGUUACCCUCUCAGGCACAAACAGGCUGAUAUUCCCAUCAACGGCUGGGCGGUUGAAUGCCGAGUGUACGCUGAGGAUCCCUACAAAUCUUUUGGUCUGCCCUCUAUUGGUAGAUUGUCUCAGUACAAAGAACCACUGCAUGUGCCCAAUGUCCGUGUCGACAGUGGCAUACAGCAAGGAAGUGAAAUCAGCAUUUAUUAUGAUCCCAUGAUUUCAAAAUUGAUCACCUAUGGAUCUAAUAGAGCUGAAGCUUUGCAAAAAAUGGAAGAAGCUUUGGAUAAUUAUGUUAUAAGAGGUGUAGCCCACAAUAUCGCCCUACUACAUGAAGUGAUAACUCAUCCACGCUUUGUCCAAGGAGACAUCACCACUAAAUUUCUUCCUGAGGUGUAUCCUGAUGGUUUUAAAGGACACAGGUUGAAAGAUUCUGAAGAAAGGGAGCUACUAGUAACAGCAGCAUCUCUGUAUGUGGCUGAACAACUUAGAUCACAGAAAUUCCUGGGAGCUCAAAGGGUUUCUGUUGCUCAACCAGAUGCAAAAAACUGGGAGCUAUCAGUCCAACUUGGAGAAACAACUCAUUCAGUCAUUGUUUCCUGGCAAGGAUCAACAUGCUUGGUGGACGUUGAUGGGAUAAAACUUAGCGUGACUAGUGAGUGGAACUUGGCUUCAGCCCUGUUGUCUGUUAAUGUGGAUGGUGUUCAGAGAACAGUACAGUGCCUUACACGGGAUGCAAGUGGAAACCUAAGCAUUCAGUUCCUUGGCACAGUGUAUAAAUUACGUAUACUGACCAAGCUUGCUGCAGAACUGAGCAAGUACAUGCCAGAGAAAGUGGUGGAGGAUACUACUAGCAUCCUGAGAUCACCAAUGCCUGGAGCAGUGGUGGCAGUUUCUGUAAAGCCUGGAGACAUGGUUGCAGAAGGUCAGGAGAUCUGUGUGAUCGAAGCUAUGAAAAUGCAGAACAGUUUGGUUGCUGCUAAAACUGGCAAGGUGAAAGCUGUGCACUGCAAAGCUGGUGAAACGGUUGGGGAAGGAGAUGAGCUUGUGGAACUGGAAUGAAACCAUUUCUUUCAUACAUUACCAAAGUUGGACUAGCACCUUUGUGUCAUGUUCACUCACAAAUUGAAUGUUAAAAUAGCAAGAGAAUUAUGUAAACUCAAGUGUUGCUAUGACCUUCUUCUUUUUUUUUUAACAAUCUCUGUUGCACAAGAGGCCAUAUAGUUUACCCUGCACAGACUUAAGUUAAAAUUGCCUCUGGAUCUCAGAUUUCACUCCUUUAUAAAUACCUGUAUAUAUGAGAUUUGUAAUUCUCAUUGGCAGUUCUACUGGAAUGAAACAAAUCAAUAAAACUAACAUUUUGGCAUAUAAACUGUGUCAUUCAGACUCUUCACAACUUUGACACUUUAAGCUAAAACUUGAUCUAUGUAUCUCUGCAGUCUGAUUGUACCAGUUCAAACUGCAGACAAAGGAUGUUGUUUUUGAAUGCUCCCAUAUGUAAAAUUUCCCUGCAGGUAGUAGAGGGAGUGUUCUACUUGCAGAGAGGGUUUCUGUUUAUUUGUGGCAAAGCUUUCAAAAAAUAAUGAUAUCCUCUCAUGCAGUAUGAAAUAGCGCAGCUGAUUCCAUCCACCUCAUUGUGCUACAUGUAUAGA